AGCAGUGACAUGGAGGACUUAAACGAUAUCUUUCGCUGGCUUCGCGUUCCACACACCUCUUGUUAAAAGUUGCAGAUGGGUGGAGAUUGGUGGUUUUAAUAUGAAAAGCGAAAGCAGCAGCCGAGGCGAUGGAUUGAGGGUCGGAUGGAGGUGAAGCAGAGAUGAAGCAGAGAUGGUGUGGCUGUCAUGACUGCUCUCGUUUGGAUGCUUGCAUGGUUUUCUCAUGUUCUGUCAGCUAUGAGUGAACUCCCACAGCCGUUCAAUGCUACCCUGAACUCCAGACAUUUCAUUCACAUGCUGAAGUGGGAGCCUGGACCAGGGACCCCCACAGGAGCCUCCUACCAUGUCACCGUGACCACGGACACGGGAACUGCCUGGCUGCCAGUGGUUGGCUGUGAGGAUGUCCAGCACCCACUGGUCUGCAACCUCACAGAAGCCUUCUCUGACCCCAAACGGGUCUACUUUACCCAGAUUGAAGAACUGCUGGAAGCUCAGCACUCACAGAUAGUCAUGCUCUCAGGAUUUAAACCCAUCCAAGACACUCAACUGGACCUGCCGCUGCUCACUGUGACACCAUGUGGAGAAGAUUUGUGUGUGGACCUGCAGCCCCCCAUGGAGCACCUUGGGGAGAUCUACGAUUCUCUGAACUACAAACUGAGGAUUAAGAGCAGCAAUGCAGACACACCACAGUCGUUUCAGAACACCAAGUCUCUGAGAAGACAGGUUCUAAAGAACAUGGCCUCUGGCCGACGGUACUGCGUGUCAGUCUGCUUCUCACCUGGCCGGGUGGUCUCGAGGGAGUCCAACUACAGCCAGCCUGUGUGUGCGUCCAUCCCGGGCCACGACGCUGCAGGUACAGGUCACUGUGUCCGUGGCCAUGUUUCCAAAGACUCCUGGAUAUCAGCCACCUUGUGUUUGUUGGUGAUGUGUGGUGUGGUGGCUGGGGCCCUGCUGGUCUAUACUGGUUUCAUCUAUCUGAGGAGGCCCCUGCCAUGGGUCCUGAUGUGCGCGCACACGCCGGCAUCGGAGCUCUGCGGCGCGCGAGACGGAGAUCGGAGUAGUGUUAACGCGACACUAGAGACAGAAUGACAUGCUGCUGGUUAGAGACGACCAACAACAGACGGAUUGGAGCUCAUUCUGCGCAUGCGUUAAAAAAAAAAAAAUUUAAUCCUGUAAUUUAAUCAUAACGCGUUAUUUUUCACAGCACUAAUUAAUAUGCUUUUAUUUAUGGUUUGACCUUUUCUGCGUAAAGUAACAGGAAAGAACUGCAAACAAAAACAUUCUUGAGCCAAAGACUUUCUGCACUUUGCUCCACUGGUGUGGUGUAAGGAGAAAAGACACAAAGGCCGAGCGCUGCAGGUAAACAACAGGGUGGCAGAUGUACUGAGAAGGUUACACACAUGUUAGAGGGGCGAGUUAAAAUAUAUAAUGAAGAAGGGAAAUACAUAUAGUAUUUGAGUACUCGUUAUACAUGUUUUUUUUGUUCUUAUUUACUUUGUGGUCACUGCUGUCAUGAUUCACUGUAGCUGAUUGUUUGGGUUUAUGGUGAGAUGAGCUGAUCAAAGACAGCGUGGCAACACCGAGCUGAGGGUCGGACACAUUCGAUAUAUUUGCUGCUGCUGGUAAAUAAUAAGCACACAUUUUGAUGGAGGAUGAUUGUAGCCUGAACCAUCCUGUGCUUUAAUCAAUACAAAAUAAACAUCGUCAUUUCAUUCAUUUAGGUGAUGCCAUUCCAUGGAAAAGAAUCAUGAGAGACAUCUUUUGAUUAAUUAGGAGUCAAAUCCUUCUGCCUUUAAGGCAACAUUUAAACUAUAGCUGCUGGAUUGUAAUUCAUAGUGUUCUUUUUAGGUUUUACUUUUGCAUUGAUUGAUAUUUGCAUCUUGAACUACUGUUAAUGAUACACCUGUAUUGUAUGAGAGAUGACUUCAGGUGUCCAACACCUUCACCAUCGUCUUCUUCCUAAAAACAAAUGGAUCCAGUUUUCAUGUCAAUAUGUUAAGUUAUGUAACAUUUCUGUCAUGAUGGAAAUACUUGCCCAGGACUGUUAAUCAUUCUAUCGCUGACGAAGUCUGAUUAUGUGAUUAUUUCAGAAAUAUAUUGAAAAACCAAACCAACAUUUUGAGUGAAAAUUCGGUGAAAAUGACGGUCCUGUUGACACUUUCUAAAGAUAAAUCAUUAUUCAAUUGAUCGUCAACAAUAUCUUUUGAAACCUUCAAUUCAUAUCAGUCAAUGGUUUUGUUUUAUCACAGCAUGCUGGGAUGUAGUAGUUGCUUACGGUUAACCUUUUAUUUGUGGUGCUUCUCUCAUGGGGGGGGGGGGGUUCAACAUGCAUUGAGAUGCCGUUACAUGUUUCACUAUUAAUGAUUAAAGUCCACCAGAGUGACAGCGAGACAUCGGGUGGUUUCCCCUCACACAGGACUUGUUUGAGCAAGCAGUAAAUUAAAUGUGAAAGUAGGAGAGGGGAGGUGAAACUAUCGGUUGCUCUCCAACACGCUGCGUUUCCACAGAACCGUGGUGCACUUUGCUCCACUGGUGUGGUGUAAGGAGAAAAGACACAAAGGCCGAGCGCUGCAGGUAAACAACAGGCUGGCAGAUGAACUGAGAAGGUAACACGCGUCACAUGUUAGAGGGCCAACAGGAUCACUCAAUCAACAUUUUAACUCAUGGUCAUUUAUUGAAUAAGAUGGCAAGUAUUCCGUUUCCAUUUUUUUGUAUUUCAGCUGUGCUGUCGUGUUUCAUUCAUAACUGAAUUGAGACAAAAUAAGCUCCUGGAAGACAUAAUCUGGCUCAGGGAACUUUAAGUAAGCCUAUUAAAACAUAUCACAAUGGAAAGAUAGAGCAGCAGUUUUACAACUGUCCAAAGUGUGUUCAACUCUUGCUCUGUGAUAUUAUUGACAGUUUGAAUGUUGACAUUGUUAUUCUUUGAAGUUGUUAUAUGUUAGUCGUACUGUAUCAUCCUCAUAUACGAAUUAACACUGAUACAAAUACAUACACAGUCACCUAUGCAUACAUACGGUACAAAGACAUAAUAACACUUAUUACUGGUGCUAUUUUUUAUCGAUAUAUUACAUCAUCUGAAUAAACAAUCUGAUUUAUAUAUUUGUAUUCAUUUUUUCAUUAGUCUAUGGAAUAAUUGGUAUAAUACUCCUUUUCUUAAAGUACUACCUUUUCUUAAAGUAUUGAGUAGGCUGCACGGUGGUGUAGUGGCUAGCACUGUGGCCUCACAGCAAGAGGGCCGUGGGCUCAAUUCCCGGUCGGGUCGGUUCUUCUGUGUGGAGGCAGCAUGUUCUCCCCGUGGCAGCGUGGGUUCCCUCCGGGUUCUCCGGCUUCCUCCCACAGUCCAAAGACAUGCAGUCAGGUUCAUUGAUCUCUAAAUUGCCCGUAGGUGUGAAUGUGAGCAUGAAUGGUUGUCUGCCCUGAGAUGGACUGGCGGCCUGUCCAGGGUGGACCUGCCUUCGCCCUGUCAGCUGGGAUUGGCUCCAGCGCCCCGCGACCCUAAUGAGGAUGAGCAGUUCCUAGAGGGGACCAUGGUGUUGAAUGUAUUCCUCCGGGCCACGUGGUCAUUCAAUUUAUUUUGUACAGCCCAAUAUCACAAAUCACUAAUCUGCCUCUGUACAAAGGACAUCCCUGACAUUUGAUAUCACAUCGGAUCAGGAAAAACUCCCAAUAACAAAAAACAAAAACCCUUUCAAGGUGAAAAAAGUGAAGAGGCUUUCAGGAGAGCAACAGAGGAGGAUCCCUCUCUAGGAUGGACAGACGAAUAGAUGUCAUGUGACCAGAAGGGAAGGAAUCAUUACAGUGUCACAUAAACAUGCAAUGAAUAUGAAAGAAAUGUAUGAAUAAUUCGGAGCAGGCAUAGACCAUGAUGCAGAUUUCCACAAUCCAUGAAACAGAAAGAGAUAGAGAGAGGGGGGGGGGGGGGGCACCAGGCAGGAGGCAUAGCAAAAGAGGUGGGGCCAGAGAGGUCGGCCUUUGAGGCAGGAGGCACAAAGAAGGAGGCCAGGUCUAGAGGCUGGAUGCAGGAAGCAGGGGCAAGGACCCAGACAGGUCCAAUGAGACGUGAAGUCACAAGGACUCCGGAGAGAAAGCAGAGUUAGUAAUGUGCAAAGGAGAGAUGAAAAUGCAUCCAUCAGUAGAGAGAGAAGAGGAGAGAGGUGCUCAGUCAGUGCGUUUACAUGAUGGUAUAAUUCUAAUCUUGCUUUAGUCGGACUAUGCUCCAGGGAUUUUCCUGGGUCAAAAUGGGUCUUCGGUGCUCCCCAAAUUUUUUUCCGUGUUCGUGCACGUCGGGCUGUUGCGCGCGCCGGCAUCGAAGCUUUGCGGUGAUGCGCGCACA